UCUCGACAUUUGACUCAUCAGAUUAAGAUUUCGAGAGAUUAACUUCUCGACAUUUCAAAUCUCGAGAUCAGCAUCUCGAAAUUUGAAAUCUCGAGAUCCCAAAUCUCGAGAUCCUUAAUCUCGAGCCCAAAUCUCGAUACCGGGCCUCCUUUAUCGAAAUCUGAAAUUUCGAUAUUCAGAUAUCGACAUCUGAUUUUUCGAGAUUCUGCCUUUGAAAAUCUUUUGAUCAAUUUUCUCGAACGGUCAGUUUAGUACAGCAAUGGGUUCAGAAUACAAUGCACAAGGGAACAGCAGUACCCCUCCUAGCCUCAGGAAGGGAGAAUAUCAAAUGUGGAGGAACAGAUUUUUAAACUUCCUCGAGCACAAAGAGAACUCUUCUACAAUGCUCGAAUCGUUGCUUGAAGGACCAGCUGAACUUUUAAUUUCAGUUGGUGGAGAUCCAGAGAACAAUCCUCCUAUUUUUCCAGAAAUAAGGAGAAAAGUGUCGUCUGAAUACACAGAAGCCGACAAGCUCAGACUUCGUGGAGAUCUUAUGGCCAAAACGUACCUCCUUCAAGCAAUACCAAAUGAGGUUUAUGUUCUCAUAGAUAGCAUGCAGACAGCUAAGGAAAUGUGGGAUGAAAUAGAGAAGCUGCUACAAGGCACAAGCAUCAGCCUCAAAACAAAGAAGACUACAAUUCUCAUCGCUUAUGACUCCUUCAAAGCAGGACCAGGAGAACCAUUGAAUGAGACUUACAACAGACUUGUUCAACUGGUAAAUGAACUCAGAAAGAUCAAAGUAUUCAGGUCCAAUCUGGAACUAAAUAUUAGAUUCUUAUCCAGCCUGCAUCCUGCUUGGGAAAAGACAGUGAAGGAUGUCAGAUCACGGAUAGAUCUGGACGAAAUUGACCUCUGCACUCUCUAUGAACAUCUGAAGCAAUUCGUCAACGAGGUUGCCUGUGCUGAGGAUCAUCAUACCACAAACCCCUUAGCUCUUGUAAUGGAUGCUCAGCCUAGAAGGACAACCACUUUACUAAAGAAGAAAAAGAAGGUGGUGGUGGUUGAAUCAGAUGAUGAUGAGAGUGACGAUGACAAAUCUGAUCUAGAGGCUGAGCUAGCAGACUUACAGAAGAAGAUGGCAAUGCUGGCCAAAAGAUUUGCAAAGAAGAACACUUCCUCCAACAGGCUGAGAACUUCCUCCUCAAACUACAAGCAGAAGAACCAUGAUCAAGGAUCUUCUAGGAAGGCAUCAUCAGCAGAAGAAGCUCCUAAAUGCUAUAAUUGCGGCAAGCCUGGACAUGUGAUCAAAGACUGCCGCCUCCCAAAGAAGAAAGAUGCUAACUUCUACAUGCAGAAGAUGCUGUGGAAUAAGCAGAAAAUGCGGAUGGUGCAGAAAGAAGAAGAAACCUCUGCCAUGAUUGCUGAAAAUGAGAACUGGGCAGAAGAUUCUUCUGAGGAGGAGGAAGAGGAAGACAACUAUGCUCUUAUGGCACGAGUGGAGGGAGAUGAAAUAAAGGGUGAUGCUGCGAUCCCCGAAGGCAACUGCUCAACAAGCUCUGGAAUGAAGUGAAUAAGGAAGGAGAAGAGAAGAAUGAGUGGAGGAAAAAGAGGAAGGAAAUCGCAGAAGGCAAAAAGAAAGUUUUUGAGAAAAGUGCCAGUCCUAGAUCUAGUUCAAUAUUUUACUCAAAAGUUAAUUGUAAUUCUGUCUCUACAAAGCAAACUUCUAACAGUUCAGUCUUGAGUCCCAAGCUGAAUAUUUC